CAUUCCACGCACUGGCAGAGAGUUCGGGGAAGAAAUUUUCAUCGAAUAUUCUCAUCAAUUUUUUCGAUUCUGGGCGAAAUUUCUCGUUUAAUUGACUGUCUGUGAAAAGUAGGAGUAUGGAAGAAGUGUCCUCGUUCAACCACUGGGGCAAAUCUAGCGAGGAGAUCCUUAAAGAACAUUUUCCGCUCCACCGCUGCUGCCGUGAUGGCGAUGUGGAACAACUUUCUUUGUUGAUUAAGGAAUCUCCGCACAAUAUCUUCACAGAAGACAGCUUUUACGGCUGGACGCCCGCACAUUGGGCAGCUUAUUUUGGCAAGCUGGCUUGUUUGAGGAAAGUCGUGAUGAACGAAACGAUCGGUGUCGACUGUGAUAUUUACACUAGAGAAUUUCAUCAAACUCCAGCCCACCUUGGUGCAUUUGGAGGCCAUCCACAUUUACUGCAUUGGCUCAUUUUGUCGGGCGCUGACAAGAACUCACAGGAUUACCUAGGGGAAACACCGGUGCACAAAGCUGCUAGGACUGGGAGCAUGGAGUGUGUGAGUCUGCUCGCAUCACAUGGAGCGCAGCUAGGAAUCAAGAAUAAAACGAAUCACACUGCCAGCGAGUUAGCGAAGGAACGCGGCUUCCUCGAAUGCUCACGUUACCUCGGCCUAGCAGAACAACGACAGGCACAACAGGAUCUCGCACUCAAACAGACGUACGCAGUAACCAUUCCUGGUGCUACGGAGCCUGGCCACGACGAAAUGGAGAUGGAGGAAUGUUGUCCAACAGCGGGUGGUGUCAUCCCGCCUGGGGCCGUGGCGUCAUCGGAGGGCGAUGUGCUGUUGUAUAACGGAGUCGGCAAGAACUGCGUACCGAUCGCCGGCCGGAAACGAGGGCGGGAAGACAAUGAAGAGGAAACGAUAAAGCGGAUUCGUACAGGAGAGCCGAUGGUACGAAACAUGUGUAAUGGACUCGCAGUUCACCUCGACGACGGAAUGAAUGUCAACACCAGCGCUGUGGAACACCAAAGUGAGGUGGCGAUGCAGCAAGGAUACGAUAGCAUGAUGUGCGACGCUAUGGUCAAUCAUUUCCACGGAUCGUAGGAUUCCAGUGAUUUAAAUGGAUUUCCAGUGGAUUUCCAAUGGAUUUCCAGUGGAUUUCCAGUAGAUUUCCAGUAGAUUUCCAGUAGAUUUCCAGUAGAUUUCCAGUGGAUUUCCAGUGGAUUUCCAGAGCAGAUACCGGUUCUUUGUGGAUUUCCAACAUAUAAACUUCCAGUAAAAACUGGUCAAUUGGACUUUCAUGACCACAGAGUUCUUGCACAAUUUCUAUGGAAAGCUUCAACUGUAUAAUGCAAUGCUGAUACUUGGGACUUUUAGGUCAAUUAUUUAGGACAGUGAAGUACUUCAAGUUCAGAAUUCAAAGAACAAAGUUCUGUCUGGGAAUUUUUUAAGUAGGGGGACCUAGCAGACAAUUUUAAGGGGGUCUACCCCCCAAAAAAAAAUUUAUAUCACCAAAAAGGGUUUUAGUCUCACGGUAGUAGUAUGUUACUGUUGUCAUUCUGACGUAUAUUUUUAACUCCUAACAAAUCACUGUAUGCGUUAUAGCCCAGGGGUAGUAUUGUCAUAUUUGGCUACUUUUGAAGGUUACCAGUUAUUCCAGUUUUGCUGAACUGAGUUUCUAAGUGGAGCAAAUCAGACAAACGGUUCUGUCUCAUGUAAGGAAUGGGAUGUGAUUUUAUGUCUACUAUCCUCGAAAAGCAGAACCAGCGCUGAUUAUUCUUGAAGUCUGUUGAGACCAACUGCCUCUCUAUCUUCAGUCUAUAUACAAAAUGAGUGCAUGUCUGUCGUGGACAUUAAAUCCAGUUAUUGCUACUUGGACUCUUCCUUCCUGUUAUAUGACAACAAGUACCUAAUCGGCCGCAGUGAUGUAUUCGAUUUCCAACAGAGGUUUCAGAAUAGUUUCUAUUGAAUUAUUCGCCGGGAUUGCUAUUUCAGAGUUACUCGUCUGUAGAAAAAAGAAAUGCAAUUUCAAUCAACAUUUGUGUGUAAUUAUGCUGCCAUCGUUUGUUGCGUACCGUGAAGUUUAUUUGUACACCUGCUGAAGUCUGGUAGCUUACUGUCUUGCUAAAAAGCCUGUAUCGGAUAAUGUAAUCGGGAAAAUAUUUGCCGACAUUCUGAUUUUUCGGAAUUUUGAACGAUUUGAUCGAGUUUGAUGCCAGUGUUUGUUUCACUCUGAUGAGCACAGACUCCAGUUCUUUGUGGAUUUCCAGCAUCUAACUCCGGUUAAAACCGGUAGAUUCUAACGUUGUUUUAAUUUUGUUGUAUACGAUACAAUGCUGUAGUUUAGGCUAUUUUUCCUGCCAGUUGUUCAAGUACAAUACGUCAUUUUGUCUCGUAUUAGAGGAAGAAAUCUCAUUAUUGCAGAUUUUUCAGUUUUUUUGAGGUCUUUGUGUCUUGAGUAAUAUUUUUAGCUACAAUUUCACCACAACAUAAAGAGGCAGUUGCAUAAUUAAGGUUGUAAGACGAGUUUGCAUGUAUAUAAGAGGAGCUGUUUUCUGUACAAAACUUAGAAUUCCCUUGAAUCUCCAUCUUCUGUUUCAGAUUAGUUUUUAUGUUUGAUGUUUUUUGGAUGUCACUGUAUGAGAACGAAUUGCUCCGGAUAAGAUUGAUAAUCAAACUGUUUACAGCUACAACUCAGCAGUAUGUGUGGGCUGUAUUGGUCUAGAUAGAAGAACGGUUGUGUGUGUGAUUGAUGUAUAAAUUUAGAAUGUAAUUGUGCUUUAUGAACCGUAACGGUAAGUGGCAGGUACCGUCGUUUGAACACACACCGAGGAAGACCAUGCAAGGGAUCAUGUAUUAUCAGGCAGGCCUCCCAAAUGACUGAGCUCAGGGGAAGGGCUUGGACAAAUGUGUUAAAACGGCCAAGAGGUGUGCUCACUGGUAAAUUUACAAAAUACAGUAGGACCUCUUCAUUAAGGACACUCUCAGGACUGACAAAUGCUGUCCUUAAUAGAGAGGUGUCCUGAUUAGAGAGGUCAAAUUGAAUGGAAAGUACCAAAACUAGUGUCCUUACUAGAGAGGUUGUCCCUAAUAGAGAGGUGUUCGCUAAGGGAGGUUCCACUGUAAUCUUGUUUCCAUCUUGUAGCAAGGUCAUCAUGUCGUCGUUUUCAUAAAUUUCAAGGUCAACUUUUAACCAAUGUGUUACGCUGUAGUGCCCACACAAAAUGAGUUCAUACUCAGUUGUUGUUGUUGAUUUGUUUGUUAUCCGAAAAAAAUUGGCGGUUUCUUCGAUGAUCCAAAUCAUGCCUACAGACCUUCAUCACCAGAUGAACAACUUUUUGUUUCAUUUCAUUGGUCAAUCCAGAAAGUCAACUUUUCCGACAUUAUCGAUAAGCUUCCUCCUGUCCCAGGGAUAUCCAGGAUAGGUCAACUUGGUAAGUGAGAAGACCAGGCUGAUUCUCGGCAAGCUGGGGAAUGUUAUCCUGGCCAUUUGGUUUGAGAUCAAAGAAGUAUGGUGUCGAGUGUUUUAGAGUGUCGCGGCUCAAUUAGUCUGUUUCCCUAUUGAGAGUUGAUGUUGAUUAUCAUGUGCUUCUGUAUUGAUAUUGUAAUGUAGUACAUUUACUUACUCCACAUUGAUAUUACUAUCCAGGGUGAUGUUUACAUUAUGUUCAGAUACAGUGUAUCUCGGAAAAAUGCAACCUUGAAAUAUUUGUAGUAACGUUUCCAGAGACUGACAUUUUGCCUCGCCAGCUCUAUAUCACGACAACAAUAACUGUUGUCCACGCGUAUUGCUUUGGCAGAAUUUAUCAAACAAAAUGUUCAUUACUUGUUCGGACUCUUGUCAGUUUGGCAUGUUUACUGUGUUGUGUAGUGAAACCAUAUUUCAGGGUUGUAUUUCAGGAUGUCCUGAAUGUGUUGAACACAUGCGGUGUUGGCUGACGCUAUAUGAUGUGUUAAAUUUAUUUGUAAGAAGCAAACUGUGAA